CUGGGGCGACCUAUGCAUGACGUUCUGAUGCAACGUCCUAGUCGAGGAAGCCGCCGGUGCACGUUGGGGUGACAAGGCGGCAGAGUGUUGGAGACGAUGUCCUUGGAGGUGACCGGGCCGACCGCCGGGAUGGUACUAGCAGAGCUCUAUGUCUCCGAUCGAGAGGGAAAUGAUGCUACAGGUGAUGGAACCAAGGAGAAACCUUUUAAAACGGGCUUAAAGGCUCUGAUGACAGUAGGAAAAGAACCGUUUCCAACCAUUUACAUAGAUUCACAAAAAGAAAAUGAGAGGUGGGAUGUUAUUUCUAAAUCACAGAUGAAAAACAUUAAAAAAAUGUGGCAUAGGGAACAAAUGAAGAGUGAAUCCCGGGAAAAGAAAGAGGCAGAAGACAAUUUGCGGAGAGAAAAGAACCUGGAAGAAGCAAAGAAGAUUACCAUUAAAAAUGAUCCAGAUCUUCCCGAGCCAAAAUGUGUGAAGAUUCAUGCCCUCGGAGGAUACAAAGGCCAAAGAGUAAAGGUGUUUGGCUGGGUCCACAGGCUGCGUAGGCAAGGAAAGAAUUUAAUGUUUCUGGUGUUGCGGGACGGUACAGGCUAUCUUCAGUGUGUCCUGUCAGAUGAUCUGUGUCAGUGUUACAAUGGGGUCGUCUUGGCCACGGAGAGUAGUGUUGCAGUGUAUGGAAUGCUAAAUCUGACCCCAAAGGGCAAGCAGGCCCCUGGUGGCCAUGAGCUGAGCUGUGACUUCUGGGAACUGAUUGGGCUGGCCCCUGCUGGAGGUGCUGAUAACUUGAUUAACGAGGAGUCUGACGUGGACGUCCAGCUCAACAACCGACACAUGAUGAUCCGGGGAGAAAACAUGUCCAAGAUCCUGAAAGCACGUUCCGUGGUCACCCGGUGCUUUCGAGAUCACUUCUUUGAUAGGGGGUACUAUGAAGUUACUCCUCCAACGUUAGUGCAAACCCAAGUGGAAGGAGGUGCCACGCUCUUCAAGCUUGACUAUUUUGGGGAAGAGGCAUUUUUGACUCAGUCCUCUCAGUUGUACCUGGAGACCUGCAUUCCAGCUCUGGGAGAUGUGUUUUGUAUUGCACAGUCAUACAGGGCAGAACAGUCUAGAACACGAAGGCACCUGGCUGAAUAUACUCAUGUGGAAGCAGAGUGUCCUUUCCUGACCUUUGAUGAGCUCCUGAACCGAUUGGAGGACUUGGUUUGUGACGUGGUAGAUAGAGUCUUGAAAUCACCUGCAGCGAGCAUAGUGCGUGACCUCAACCCGAACUUCAAGCCUCCCAAACGGCCUUUUAAGCGGAUGAACUAUUCAGAUGCUAUUGUGUGGCUCAAGGAACACAACAUAAAGAAAGAAGAUGGAACUUUCUAUGAAUUUGGAGAGGAUAUCCCAGAAGCUCCUGAGAGACUGAUGACGGACACCAUUAAUGAGCCCAUCUUGCUGUGUCGAUUUCCUGUAGAGAUCAAGUCCUUCUAUAUGCAGCGAUGUCCUGAGGAUUCCCGCCUUACAGAAUCUGUUGACGUGUUGAUGCCCAACGUCGGUGAGAUUGUGGGAGGCUCAAUGCGUAUCUGGGAUAGUGAGGAAAUACUGGCAGGUUAUAAAAGGGAAGGAAUUGACCCCACUCCCUAUUACUGGUACACAGAUCAGAGAAAGUACGGCACGUGUCCUCAUGGAGGAUAUGGCUUGGGCUUGGAGCGAUUCUUGACCUGGAUUCUGAAUAGGUAUCACAUCCGAGAUGUAUGCUUGUACCCACGAUUUGUCCAGCGUUGCAAGCCAUAACUGGUUCUUCCAGAAGCAUUAAGGAAAGAAUACAGUUUAUGAAAGGAACAGACUGCCUCUUUAAAAAAAACAAAAACAAAAAGCCAGAAUCUUCCCUUUUUUAUUCCAUUGGUGUAUGGCCAUUUCUUUUUUCUCCCA